AUACUUAGUAGUGAUAAGGGGCUUGUGAUUGACCCAGAUAACCGGUCCACGGAGCACCAGAGGUCCAAUAAGAAUGGCGCCGCUGGUUGUCUUGUUGAGUCUCCUGGGGACAGUCGCAGCCCAGGCCUGCCAGGUCCACUCCGACACUUUUGAGGAGGAUUUUUGUCAUAUGAAAGCGACAGUGGAUGUUUUGAAAGGCGACACACAACGAGUGUCCAAUAACGAGGUGGAACUCUCAAAAUUAUGGCAUACCAUUCAUACCGAAACCAAGAGUAUUUACGACAACCGUCAAAUGAUCGAAGACCUACAGAGCAACCUCACUAAACAGAAUUUUGCACCGAGUAGCAGCUCAGAUGUAAUGGAGGCAAUACAUAAUAUUACAUCGAAUGUUGACGAUAAAAUGAAAAAUCUCACCGACACCGUGACAGCUCUCGAAUCCCGGAUGAGGCAAUUAGAAAUAAAGUGCAGCAGUUGUGGCACCGGAGGUCAUCCCUGCUCAUUACGUCCUUGUGAAAAUGGAGGCAAAUGUGUAGAGCUAGGGAAGGAUUUUCAUUGCGUAUGUCCAGUAGGAUUCGCGGGAAAACUUUGUGACGUCACUGAUCAUUGUACGCCAUCACCCUGUUUGAACAACGGGACAUGCGUCAAUAACGUUGUUUCCCACACUUGUGUCUGUACCCUUCCAUUUACUGGUCCCAACUGUACAAUUGAACUGACAGCCUGUGACAUGAACCCCUGCGCCCGGGGGAUGUGUGUUCCGGACGGAAGGAACUACAAGUGUCUGUGCGAUCCAGGCUUUUACGGAGAAUACUGCAACAGCAGAAUCGAUCCAAAACUGAUUACUACUGCAUCGUCGCCAUCACCGUCAAUAAGCACACCAAAGGCAAUUAAGAAUACGACGAUCUCCAAAAUGUCAACUUCAUCAUCAUUUACAACAUUACCAACCGAUAGUACUGCAAAUUCAUCGCGUUCAACAGCAACAGUUACAGCAUCAGCACACAGUUCGCUUUCCACGAAAAUAACUGUACAGACGACUGGAUUUUCGACAACGUCUGCGAAUCCGACAGAUAAUUCAUCGACUUCAACCCAACCAACGGGUUCCACUAUUACCACAAUGACAGACCCUUGCGCCAAACCUGGCAUUUGUAACGAACCCUCGAUUUGUGUGGUUAGAGGGGUUAGUUAUGAGUGUGUAUGUCCGCCAACAAACGAGACAAUGAACGACCCGUGUCUGGAACCAGUUCUAGUUCAACCUUUUAAUAUCUGUUGCGUUCAAGACACAUGCCAACCAAUAACUCAACCAAAAUGUUGAUAUAAGGUCAUUGUGACCAUCGAUGUACUCAGGAACCUGGUAAAUAAAUGUAAUUUAUUUUUGAA